ACCGUAAUUUAAAUCAUGUUUUCUUUUUUUUUUAACUUGUAAAUAGAAUUGAUUCUACUUAAGAUUAAAUAAUAAUACAAUAUUAAUUCAUAACAUACAAAAAGUCACACGUAAAAAAAAAAACUGUGAUUAAAUGCCUGUUACUAGACUAAUUUAAUUGAUAAGUAUUUUCAUAUAUAAAUCAGAAGACUGAGGUCAGUAACAGAAGCUAUUUAAAAUGUGUCGGCCAUUUAUUCUACUUAACGGUUUUAUAUUAUGUAUCUGGUCUGUAACAGUACAUUGUAAUGUUCAGGAUUGGGAGUAUGUUUUUCUGCGAGUUGAAAGUAACACUACAAAUGCUGAUAUUCUCGCGUUUAACCUGCGUCCAAUACGAGUGAGUCGAGGAGUUUACGCACUUAAUGGAUCCAUUUAUACUGGCAAACCAUUGGACGAUACAUAUUUGGUUGAUUUUAAAUUAUAUCGAAGUGAAACGGGAAGUAGUGAUUAUAAGGCAACACCAUUUGGAUUUUCGCAAACAACUUUUUAUAAUUUCAUGACUAAGGUUUAUGUUAAAAUGUUGCAAGAAGAUUUGAAAGACUGCACUAAUGUACCUCAUUUUGAAGGGGAAUUCGAAGGACCUAUGCCUCAGAACACUUAUACAUACAAAAAUUGCGUAAUUAGAACUGAUGGUAUGCCAGGACAUUUGCAACCGGGAGUGUAUAGAAUAACAGCUCAUUUCGUUGGUCCGGAUGUUGAGAUGUGGUUAUCUUUAUAUUGUCAAGUUAAUACUAAAGCAAUGGUUUAGAAAAAUGUAUUUUAUAGUAAAAAUUUUGCACUUGGUCCUUAAAAGCUUUAAUCACAGUGCGUUUAUUAUAUUCUUUCCUUCAAGGUGUAUUUUGUUAGAAACUGACUCUUUACCUUCCCUUAUUCGGCUCCUUGUCUAAAAUUCUCAAAUUUUAAAUUUUUUCUUUUGUAUAAACUACCAGCUCUUCCAUUCUAUCAAAUUUCAAAAUUCUACGAUAACCAGAAGUGCUCUAUAAUAUUUAAUGAAUAUUCAGCAGAAUUUGGGCGGUUGCUACACCCCCUAUCCAA